UCCAUCACACGACAUGACCCUCCUUUAAAUACCACGCUUGCUCUUCUUCCAUCUGUUCAGAUGCAGAGACAUUAGAGCUAGUCCUGAGAGCUUAGAGAAGUCCCCAAGAGCACUAACAAAAAAUCCGAAACGAGAAAGGAGGAGAGGUAGGGCGAUCGAUGGACAUGAGCGCUGAUCAGUAUCACUAUCAGCACGAGGGGAUGGAGGAGGAUGGUGUCGGCCGUGGCGAGCAGGUCCCGGCGCCGGCGGCGGUGGCCGCCAAGAAGCUGUGGCGCAUGGUGCGCGCCGUGCACCUCGUGCUCGUCAGGGGCCUCGGCAAGCACCAGCCAAAGAUCGCGGCGCUCGGCGUGAACCUGCACCACCUGCUGUCGUCGUCCAAGCGCCACCACCACCACCACCUGGGGUCCGCGCGCGGCCAGGACCCGGCAUUCACGACGUACCUGGCGGCGGCGCUCUCCUGCCAGUCCAUGGACCCGGGCGCCGCGGUGCACCCGUACCCGCGCGGCCGCGGCGCGCACGGUGGCAGGGGAGGCGCGUCCUCGCUCUCGUGCCGGUCCAUGGACCCUGGCGCUGCCGUGUGCCAGCAAUACCAGUACCGACCACGCGAUGUGGAGUUCAGCUGCAGCACCACGCCACUGCACAGGCGGCGCCGCGGCGCGCACCGGCACCGGAGCCAGAGCCAGCACGGUGACCUUCCGGAGCACACCUCGGCUCCUGCCGUGAAGACGCUGUUCGAGCUGAUGGACGACGACAUGGAGGAGGAGGAUGUCGACGUGGAGGGCGGGACCGUGCCGUGGGCCGCCGGGCGCGGGCCGGCGCCGCGGCAGGUGCGGAUCACGGACUCGCCGUUCCAGGCGAGGGAGGAGGACGACGAGGAAGGACGCAAGGGCGUGGUCGACCGGCGCGCCGACGAGUUCAUCGUGUGGUUCCACGACCAGCUGCGCAUGCAGCAGCAGCAGCAGCGUCCGGCCGCGAGGGAUCGCGCGACGCGCUGCGUUAGAUAGAUCGGAGCAAGAGCAGAAGUACAAUAAACGCCAUGCGCUCAUGCACGCAUGGGUAAUCAUAAUUCAUAAUAGUAGAUCUUUAUGCAUGCGAGUCGUAAUGUACAUGUGAGGUGUAGUUUCCUUGGAAUGUUGUUGGUCCGAUUUUGUCAUGGCGGAACGAACUUAUUAGCGUCUCUCAUUUCAAUUUUUCCCCUCA